UCCAGUCCCACCUGAACAAUGUUCAAAUGCAUCAAGAGCACAGUGGCAGAUUCUGGAUGAUUGUGACUUCAGUCCAUGUACCUUCAAUGAUUCAGUUCUAUCAAAGCGUUAUGCCACAGAAGGAAAAUGAAUAAGAUAGCCAAAGGAGUCACUGUGCUUGUAGUAGUAAUACUAUUGAUCCUCACCGUCUCCCUGGGCCUGUACUUUGGGCUGAUGUCCAGGGGAGUUCCAGCGUAUUCCUUUGAGAGAGCUGCUGUUGCUGCAGAUGCAGGGAGAUGUUCAGAGAUUGGCCGGGAUUUUCUGAGGCAGAAUGCAUCAGCUGUGGAUGCUGCCAUUGCCGGUUUGCUCUGCGUUGGACUCAUGAAUGCACACAGCAUGGGGAUCGGGGGAGGCUUCUUCAUGACCAUUUACAACGCACAAACAGGAGAAGUAGAAACCAUUAAUUCCAGAGAAGUGGCCCCAGCUAGUGCAUCAUGGGAUAUGUUUAUCAAUGAAACAGAUGAAGCUUCUCGCAAAGGAGGACUGUCCAUCGCAGUUCCUGGUGAAAUCCGAGGAUACCAAUUAGCACAUCAAAGACAUGGACGGUUAGCGUGGAAACAGUUAUUUGAGCCAAGCAUCAAACUUGCCAAAGAAGGAUUCCCCAUUAGUCGGGCUCUUGCAGAUGCCAUAGAGGAACGUAAGGAAGACAUUGAGAAAGACCAGUCUUUGUGUGAAGUAUUUUGCAAUUCAAAUGGCAAAAUACUCCGGGAAGAUGAAAUAAUCAAAUUUCCAAGAUUAGCUGCAACCUAUCAGAUUCUAGCAGAUGAAGGAGCUGACGCAUUUUACAACGGAUCUCUUUCCCAACAGAUAGUGACUGAUAUCAGGAAUGCAGGUGGGAUUAUAACGCUUGAGGACCUGAGGGAUUACACAGCUCAUUAUCAAUUGUCUGAAGAUAUGGCAAACAUAUCAAUUGGUGAUUACACACUGUUUGUGCCCAGUGCUCCUUCCAGUGGGCUUGUUCUUGGAUUAAUACUGAACAUCCUGAAGGGGUAUAAUUUUACUUCAGAUAGCGUUUCCUCCCCAGAACAGAGAGCCUUGACAUAUCAUCGAAUAGUCGAAGCCUUUAAAUUUGCAUACGCAAAGAGAAGCAUGAUGGGAGAUCCAUUGUUUGUCAACAUGACUGAGGUAAACUAUCAGUCUAACGUUGUUCAGCUCAUUUCCAAUAUGACUUCAGAGUAUUUCGCAGCAAGGCUUUGGAGUAAAAUCACAGACAAUACGACACAUCCUACACCAUACUAUGAGCCUGAGUUCUACACUACCGAGGAUCAUGGGACUGCCCAUUUGUCCCUUGUGGCAGAGGAUGGCAGUGCAGUGUCAGUAACCAGCACCAUUAACUUAUACUUUGGGUCGAAGGUGAGGUCCAGCAAAAAUGGGAUCAUUUUCAACGAUGAAAUGGAUGACUUUUCUUCACCAGGCAGUCUGAAUGGGUUUGAUGUUCCACCUUCCUCAGCCAACUUCAUCAUGCCAGGUAAAACACCUCUAUCCUCUAUGUGCCCUGCUAUUAUACUUGAUAAAAACAGGUCAGUGAAAAUGGUGGUGGGAGCCUCAGGAGGAACGAAAAUCACAACAGCAACUGCUCUGGUGAUAAUGAAUGUGUUGUGGUUUAACUAUAAUGUUAAGAGAGCUGUGACUGAACCCAGAGUUCACCAUCAACUAUUCCCUAAUGUGACUCAAGUUGAGGAAGCUAUGGAGAAGGCUGUACAAGAAGGCUUGCGAGAGAGGCACCACACAUUGAAGACGAUAACUAAGCUUCCAUCAGGGGGUGUGGUCCAGGCCAUUGUCAGAGAUGGAGGAAAGUGGUUUGCUGAAUCAGACUAUCGUAAAGGUGGCAAGCCUGCAGGUUACUGAUGGGCCUGUGUAAUUAAUAACCAUAACUCGUGUGUUAAAGUUCAUAUUUGCAGCAGCACAGUGUGGAGUUCCAUGAAUAACUAACUAAGGGAGCCAUGCUGAGUGAAUAUAAUCAAUAAACAAUGCCUUUUUAUCAAGCUGUUCCAAUAUACAUUUGAUAUUUAUGAUACUUUCACUCUGCAAACGUCUGUCUCAAUACAGCAGGCCCCAACAGGGUGUUACAAAGAGAUUGCCUUGAGUUCAAGGCGGGAUUUCAUCAAUCAUUAAUCUUACUUACAGCAGAUCCAAGAGUUAAGUUGCUGGAAAGACUUUUGAAAGAUCACGACCAAAGCCUCCGCUAUUUCCUCAGCCACCUCCCUCAGAACUCUAGGAUAUAGCCCAUCGGGCUUUUUUGGACCCUUUUGCUUUUCUAGCACUUUCUGUUUUGUAAUGCCUACCAUACUCAACUCUGCCCCCUGACUCUCCCUAAUUGUUGGCAUACUACUCAUGUCUUCCACUGUGAAGACUGACGCAAAGUACUUAUUAAGCUCUUCAGCUACUUCCUUAUCUCCAAUCACUAGCCUUCCAGCAUCAAUUUGGAGCGGCCCAAUAUCUACUUUUGCCUCUCGUUUAUUUCUUAUGUAUUGAAAGAAGCUUUUACUAUCAUUUCUAAUAUUACUAGCUAACCUACCUCCAUAUUUGAUCUUCUCCUUCCUUACUGCUCUCUUUGUUAUCCUCUGUCUGUUUUUGUAGCCUUCUCAAUCUUCUGAUUUCCCAGUGCUCUUGGCCACUUUAUAGGCUGCCUCUUUUUCUUUGAUAUAUUUCCUGACUUCCUUUGUCAGCCAUGGCUGUCUAAUCCCACCCCGGAUAAUAUUUCUUUUCUUUGGGAUGAACCUCUGUACUGGGUCCUCAAUUACACCCAGAAACUCCUGCCGUUGUUGCUCUACUGUCUUCCCCGCUAGGCUCUGCUUCCAGUCGAUUUUCAUCAAUUCCUCUCUCGUGCCCCUGUAAUUACCUUUAUUUAACUGUAACACCAUUACAUCCGAUUUUGCCUUCUAUCUUUCAAACUGCAGACUGAACUCUACCAUACUAUGAUCGCUGCCUCCUAAGUAUUCACUUACUUUAAGGUCUUUGAUAAAGUCUGGCUCAUUACAUAGCACUAAAUCCAGAAUAGCCUGCUCCCUUGUGGGCUCCAUCACAAGCUGUUCCAAAAAGCCAUCCUGCAAACAUUCCGCGAAUUCUCUUUCUUUGGAUCCACCAGCAACAUUAUUCACCCAAUCCACCUGCAUAUUGAAGCCCCCCAUGAUCACCGUGACCUUGCCUUUCUGACAUGACCUAUCUAUUUCCCGGUGCAUCUUGCGCCCCUGGUCCUGAUCACAGUUAGGAGGUCUGUACAUAACUCCCAUUAUAGUUUUUUUGCCUUUGUGGUUCCUCAAUUCCACCCACACAGAUUCCACAUCUUCUGACCCUAUGUCAUUUAGUGCCGUAGAUUUAAUUCCAUUCUUAACUAACAAGGCAGCCCCGCCCCCCUCUGCCCACCUCCCUGUCUUUUCGAUAUGUUGUGAAUCCUUGGAUGUUUAACUGCCAGUCCUGAGCUCCCUGCAACCAUGUCUCUGUGAUGCCUACCACAUCAUAAUCAUUCAAGAGUUUUGGUUCUGUUAAUUCAUCUACUUUGUUGCGAAUACUAAGAGCAUUUAGAUAAAGUGUCUUAACGCUAGCUUUCUUAUCAUUAAAGGUUGGAAAUCCUAAGAUGUUUUCAGCUAUCCUUCCUUUUGGCUGUAUUCCUAGUCUGCCUCGAGCUUAAAUCCACCUGUAUACAUGCUAUCCUGUUGCUUAUCUUUCCAUUUAACUCCAUAUUCCCUGUCUCUUUCACUUUCCCUUCCACCUGACUCACUAGUUUAAAGUCCUACUGACCACCCUAUUUAUCCUUUUCGCUAGAACACUGGUUCCAGAUUGGUUCAGGUGGAGACCGUCCCAACGGUACAGAUCCCCCCGGUUCCAAAACUGAUACCAAUGCCCCAUGAAAUGGAAUCCCUCUUUCCCACGCCAAUCCUUUCGCCACGUGUUUAAUUCCCUAACUUUCUUUUCUCUAUGCCAAUCAGCACGUGGCUCAGGCAGUAAUCCGGAGAUUAUGACCCUUGAGGACCUGCACUUCAAUUUCUUUCCUAGUGCUUCAUAAUCCCUGAACAGGUCCUCUACCCUAGCUUUGCCCAUGAUG